AGCACGUGCUACUUCCGCGGCUAUAAGUAUACACGUGCUUGGGCAUCCUCCAGGAAAAUCUCCUACCGCUGCAGCCAUUGGCGCCAGGGCUGUCCCGGGACGAUGGCGUUCUUCAUUGGCACCAUGGGGUACACCGCUGGCCGCCCCCACACUUGCCGCAAUGUCGAUGCUGCUGGCACGAGCCUCGUCGACGUCUCCAGUGCUAUGAAGGACAGAGUCGACACCCUGGCCAUCGAACAAGUCGCGCUUCCUGCACGUCGCAUAUGGGAAGCUGUGCGGAGCGAGUUUUACGGAGCUGACAACGAGCAUGUCGUCCGCGGGCUAUCUGAGCCUCAAGUGCUUCGCCGUGUGUACCAAGCAAGGAGCCAGCACUUUAGCGGAGACGUGCACGGGGCCAUUGAAAUUCCGCCACUUUCAACGGCGCUGGACGAAGCUGUCUCCUUCUUCCAGUUUCAUUACGUCACGGUGAACCGCGAGAACCUCAGCAAGCCUACCCGACUCAUUGGCUGGGCACACCCCUCCCUCAUCAACCUACUUCGCUACAACGGGACUACCAUUUUUGUCGAUGGUACAUUUCGCUGUGUACCCCCUGGGUACAAGCAGUGUGUCAUCUUUAUGGUGCACGACCGAGCGUCCGGACUAUAUGUGCCAGUCUACUAUGUAUUGAGCACUUCUCGCAGUGGCGAUUCUUUCUGGGACAUGGUGCAUUUCGUCGUGCAAAGCACUGACCAACAGCUUGAGCCGGCGGAAGUCGUGUGCGACUUCGAGAGCGCCUUAAUUGAUGCCGUGCAGACUCAGUUCCCCAACGCAAUCGUUAUUGGGUGUCUGUUUCACCUGAAGCAGGCGCUCAGGCGUGAGAUGAAGCGGUUCCUGAUACCGGAGGAAGAAUGCGGCAUUGCGAUGACCCGUGGGGUCCUCGACAUGCUAACGGUUGUUGACCACAACUUGAUUGAGCGAUGCAUCAAGUGGGUUAAGCGCGAGAUCCGACAGCGCUGCGACGUCGCUGGAAUUGCGUAG